AUGCUGUCAGCCAGGAGCAGAUUGUUGUUACUCGUUCUUCCGAACACUCUUGCCAACAAACAAUACAACAAGAGCUUGCUUCCUGAGCUCUAUUCGAAUUUACAACGAAACCAACGAAUCUUUUUCUCUCAUCACCAUUCAGUUACCAACCAACAACAACAAACAUUAUCGAACGUGAAUGUUCACGAAACAACACACUACCAAUCUCAUCCGACCUAUCAACCUGGAGUUCCACGAAUUCAUCCCACAGACCCAAAAUGUAACGCCUUGGAAGGAGAAGUGAAAUAUUCUCCAUUAAAGUCCUUGUGGUAUGCUGGCAUGUCCUAUACUGCAAUUAUUGGUGGAAUUCUCACGUUCGAUCCUUCAUUAAUUCUUCAAGAUUUAGCUGUGUUUAUUGGAACUACUGGAAUUUCAAUUCUUUUUGGACACUCAUUGGGCAUGCAUCGUAAAUUCAUUCACAAUUCGUAUGAAUGUCCCAAAUGGUUGGAAUAUCUAUUGGUCCAUUUUGGAACCUUAAUGGGAAUUGCUGGUCCAAUAGGAAUGAUGAAAGCUCAUGAUUUACGUGAUUGGGCACAACGUCAACCUCCCCAACAAUGUCAUCCCUAUUACGGACAACAAGAGAGUUUUUGGAAAGAUGCGUAUUGGCAAAUGCAUUGCACAUUUCAAUUAAAACAUCCUCCUCAAGUCGUUUUAGGUGAGAACAUUUCACAAGAUAAGGUCAUUCAAUUCAUGGAAAAAACUUGGAUGUUACAACAAUUACCUUGGGCUUUAUUGUUUUAUGCAUUGGGAGGAUGGCAUUGGAUCAUUUGGGGUAUUUGUGCUCGAGUGGCUGUUUGUGUGCAUGGUCAUUUCUUUGUGGGAUGGUAUGCUCAUAAUCAUGGACCUAUUCAAUCGCGCUCGUAUCACGUUCAGAAUGCAUGUAUUCAGGGAUAUAAUGUGAAGGGAUGGCCCUAUCUUGGAACGAGUGAAUUUGCUCAAAAAUUGCAAGCGGUCAUGACUGCUGGUGAAUGUUAUCAUAAUAAUCAUCAUGCCUAUCCAGGUUCUGCAAAAUUGGCAUUAAAAGAUGAUGAAUUGGAUAUUGGAUUUAAAGUGUUGAAAAUGAUGGAAAAGUUGGGAUUGGUAUGGAAUUUGAAAUUACCAAAGGAUUUACCCUCUCGUCCAGAAUUACAAAAAUUAGAUCAAGAAUAG